CUCAACGAGACAUACCUGAAGAAAGUACGGUGCACCCUCUCCAUCAUGUACGAUGAACCCAUCCUCGAAGAACAUCACACGCAGACCCUCUUCCUUAUCUUAGAGGACAUCCGCUGCAAUAUCUUCUUUGAUCUGGAAUCAGACGAUUACAAGCAGAUUCUUGACGACAUGAAACUGGCUAUUCUGUCAACAAACCUUCAAAAAUACAAAGGACAAUGUGAAAAGAUGCGCCAUAUCGUCGAAACCGGAGUGGAUUUCAGAAAGAAACACGUACGGAAUUCCCUGAAGUCGCUGAUGAUGAUGGCGUGCGACCUGUGCUCAUCCUGGAAGCGGUGGGAUGAGCACAAGAAUGUCAUCUGGAGCAUCUACAAGGAGUAUUUUAACCAGGGUGACAAGGAAGUUAGUUUCGGCAUCACUACCCCAGAUCACAUGCUUCGCACCAAUGCAGAAAGCAUACCCAAGUACCAGGCAUCCUUCCUUGAAAACGUGGUGAUGCCAAUCUUGCAACUGUUGACGAAAAUUUUUCCUCAGCUAAAAGAAAUACUGAAAACGACGCAAGAAAAUUUAGAAUGCUGGAAAACUUAUAACUGAAAGAAUUUCAAGAAAAUGGAUAUAAUAAAAGAAAUCUUUAUAUGAUCAACACAUUGAAUCAAAGAAAUAAUAACACCUAAACUGGAUUUAAAAGAUCCAUCUAUGCAAUGGACAACUUAAAGGAUUACAUUUGUUCCAUUUUGUUUUAUACAUUAGAUGUACA